AUGAUCUUGUCACGUUUUCGAAAAGCCCAAACAACAUUAACGUUGAUUACACGACGAUACGCAAGUUCUAGAACGAAAUUAUACAUUAACGGAGAAUUUACCGAAUCUCGUACUAGCAAAUGGAUUCCACUACACAACCCAGCAACAAAUGAGCUCGUAACAGAGGUGCCAGAGCCAAUCAAAGAAGAACUUGAUGCGGCCACUGCUGCAUCGCAAGAGGCCUUUCUCACUUGGCGGGAGAGCUCUAUUCUUACUCGACAACGUUUUCUGCUCGAUCUGCAGUAUCUUAUUCGCGAGAAUAUGGACCGGCUUGCCAAAGCUAUUACCGAAGAGCAGGGGAAAACGCUUGACGAUGCAAAGGGCGAUGUAUUCAGAGGAUUACAAGUUGUUGAAAACGCCUGUGGUGUUACAAAUCUACUAAUGGGAGAUAACUUGGAAGUAUCGAGAGACAUGGAUACAUAUACGAUCAGGGAGCCGUUGGGAGUUACAGCUGGGAUAUGUCCAUUUAAUUUUCCAGCCAUGAUACCUCUUUGGAUGUUCCCUCUAGCUAUAGCAGCGGGAAAUACAAUGAUAAUUAAACCAUCAGAAAGAGAUCCAGGUGCAAUGAUGAUAUUGGCAGAACUGACUAAAAAAGCCGGAUUGCCCAACGGAGUUUUGAAUGUUGUACAUGGAUCUGUGGAUACAGUCAAUUAUCUGAUUGAUAAUGAAACCAUUAAAGCCAUUUCUUUUGUGGGUAGUGAUAAGGCCGGAAAGUAUAUUCAUUCAAGAGGUACUGCAAAGGGCAAGAGAGUUCAGGCCAAUCUAGCUGCAAAAAACCACGGUGUGAUUAUGCCGGAUGCAAACAAGAAUCAUACACUAAAUUCACUGGCUGGGGCAGCAUUUGGAGCAGCAGGACAACGAUGCAUGGCUCUUUCUACAGCAAUAUUUGUUGGCGAAACAAAAAAGUGGAUUCCCGAGCUAAUUGAGCGUGCUCGCAAACUCAAAGUCACAGGUGGUUUUGAACCAGAUGCCGAUCUUGGGCCAUUGAUCAGUCCUCAAGCUAAACAACGUGUGGAGACACUGAUUCAAAGUGGAAUUGAUGAGGGGGCAGACUUGGUACUGGAUGGAAGAAACCCGCAAGUUCCUGACAAGUAUAAAAAUGGAAACUUUGUUGGACCUACCAUUCUUGUCAAUGUUAAACCACAUAUGCAGUGUUAUAAGGAAGAGAUUUUUGGUCCCGUGCUUGUUUGUUUGUUUGUUAAUUCUCUUAAUGAAGCGAUUGAACUAAUCAAUAAGAAUCCAUAUGGGAAUGGUACGGCUAUCUUUACCAACAGUGGGAGUAAUGCUAGAUACUUUACUUCCAAUAUUGGAGCUGGGCAGGUUGGAAUUAAUGUCCCCAUUCCUGUUCCAUUGCCAAUGUUUUCUUUUACUGGAAAUCGUGAGUCAAUACGAGGCGACAUCAAUUUUUAUGGAAAAUCCGGAUUGCAAUUCUAUACUCAAACGAAAACAGUAAUUUCAUUGUGGAGACACGAAGACGUAAAUGAUAAAAUAUCUACUGUCACGAUGCCAACAAUACGAUGA